AUGUAUGAUUUCUUUCGUUUACACCGUGGGCUAAUUUUCUGUCCUCCUCCUCCUCUUCCUUCUCCUUCUCCUCCUCCUCCUCCUCCUCCUCCUCCUCCUCCUCCUACUACUACUACUACUACUACUACUACUACUACUACUACUACUACUACUACCACUACUACUACUACUACUACUACUACUACUACUACUACUACUACUACUACUACUACUACUACUACUACUACUACUACCAUGCUAACUGUAAAUCAAUUUAUACGCAUUAGAUGA